GGGUGACGCCAGUGCCAAUAUGGCGGCGUAACAAAUAGUUGUCUUGUCUUUUUGGCAAGCUCGGCAAUCAAUUCAAUUGUUCGCUAAUGUGAAUAAAUUAUUCGAUCGCUUACCUGGAGUCCAAAACACCGAAUCAGACUCUCGUUAUAUCAGUACCCAGUAAUCGUCCGCAUAGUGUCCGUGGGGCCGUGUUUCGGUGCAAAUAUGGGGGGGAAUUGGGAAUCCUAGUGCGUCACAGUUCGCCGAAAAUUUCCCUUUCAUCCUCGAGGGAUAAUAUUUUUUUAAUCAACAUAGUACGGUAAUAUGACGAUUACUCCAUCACUUCUGCUCACGAUUAUUCGUUGGAUGAUAAUUUUGGAAUUGUCUGGGUGAUUAUUGGUUCAUUACUCGACGUUUUGGGAAAAAUUCACCGAUAAUGUCAAGUGUGCCGAUUAGAAUGCGAGUUGAAGUCAUCUUUGCCUGUCAAUAUCUCAUUAAACAACGAUGCGAUUUGAAUAAAUCUGAUCUCAGAUUGAAGGGUCCAGGACGUCCCCCAAAGCCCAAGAAUGCGUGCACCUGGUGCAACGAGACAAAGCAGCCCCUGAAAUACGUCCUACCGACUCAGCAUGGAAGGAAAGAAUUCUGUUCAGAGACCUGUCUCUCAGAAUUUCGUAAAGCCUACGUUCGAGGUGCAUGUGUCCUCUGUGACAACAUAAUCAGAGGUUCUCCAGUGAAGUUGGAGCAGAAGGACGGUCCCACCAAGGACUUCUGCUCGUCCUUCUGCCUCAAUAAACACCAAAAGAAGGAGGUUCAGACAGACACCAAAAAGAGUACGAGUGACCAACCCUCCCCAGCAGCAUCCCCAGCCCCUUCAGGCAUCCCGAGCAGCAGUGGAAUAAUGCCCCAGUCAUUCCCAACGAAUAGCAAAACCAAUGGAACUGGAACUAGCCAGCCAAACGCAUCCCCCUCGACCUCCACUGGUCCCUUUCAAUACGAGACUUAUCAGACCUUCGACUGGGAGCUGUACCUGAAGGAGACUGAUAGCACAGCAGCCCCAGCUGAGUGUUUCAAGCAGCACGCAACUCCUCCCAGCAAUGAAUUCAAGAUGGGAAUGAAGCUGGAGGCACUGGACCCUAGGAAUCUCACAUCAACAUGCAUUGCAUCUGUCGUUGGUGUCCUUGGACCCCGUCUGAGACUCCGGUUGGAUGGCUCUGACAAUAAAAACGACUUCUGGAGGCUCGUCGACAGCAACGAGAUUCAUCCCAUUGGACACUGCGAAAAAUCCGGGGGAAUGCUGCAGCCACCCUUGGGGUUUCGUAUGAACGCAUCCAUGUGGCCCAUGUUCCUCCUGAAAACGUUGAAUGGCGCUGAGAUGGCACCUGCCAAGGUCUUCAAAAGGGAGCCCAAAACACCUAGGACCAAUUCAUUCGAGGUGGGACAGAAACUCGAGGCCAUUGACAAGAAGAAUCCACAGCUGAUUUGCACAGCUACCAUUGGAGGUGUCAGAGAUGACAUGAUUCACAUAACUUUCGAUGGAUGGAGGGGAGCCUUCGAUUACUGGUGUCGAUACGACUCCCGAGAUAUUUUUCCAGCUGGUUGGUGCUUCAAGAGUGGACAUCCUCUUCAACCACCCAGACAGAAAGCCACUGGUCCCAAUAGAUUCAAGUCGAGAACGAGUAAUGUUUUACCAGUCAUGGCUGUGUCGGGCAGUGGAGCUGGUGGAGAACCAGCCGUUGCUCUUGUUAGUCCGGCAGGAUCUAGUGCACCACCUCAGCCUGCUACUGAGCCUGAUACAAGUACGGCUAAUAACAAGCCACGAGCACUCGAUAAUGUCACAGUUUACGUAAAUCACAACUGCUCGUGUGGCCCUUAUUUCGAUCCUAAGAAGGUUAAAGCCCUCCCCUCGCACUUCGGUCCAGGAUCCAUCUCCAGUGUUAUCAGGGAAGUGUUCCAGGCGUUUUUAAUGGCCGCCAUGAGCCCCAGGCAGAUGUUGAGCCUCUUGAAACGUGGAGAAGGCGAGUGGAUAAGUCUCACGCUAGAGAAUAAACUCACAUCGGUGCGAGUACCCGUUUUUCUUGAGGAAGAGGACUUUUACGUUUACAUCAGGCGACAGCUGGAAGAUCUUUGUGCUUGCGAGAGGAUGGUCUACAAGAGGCAGGAGAGCUGCGACAAGUGUCCCAGUGUUCAAAAUAUAGCGUUGGACAGAGAGGACGGGAGUUCUGGGGCUGAGAAGAGACGCUGGUCAGCGGAGAAUUCUCAGGCGAUAAUGAAUCAGGAGCAGAAGAGCCAGGGAUCUGCAGCAAGCACCGUGGACAGCAUGGUCGCUGCCCCAAGCGCCGCCAAACAGCCGAGGAAGUCAGUGCCUGAACUUGAACCUGCUACGUCGACGACGCAGCCUGAAGCUGCUUCCAGUAGGAUAACGUCCACAGAACCUGCUGAAUGGACUAUUGAAGAGGUAAUUCAUUACAUUGCCAUCACGGAUCCAGCGUUAGGCGUUCAUGCAGAUCUGUUCCGGAAGCAUGAAAUUGAUGGAAAAGCCCUUCUUCUUCUUAACUCCGACAUGAUGAUGAAAUACAUGGGUCUGAAGCUUGGGCCAGCACUGAAGAUUUGUAACCUAGUAAAUCGUAUAAAAGGCAGGAAACACGUAAUGCUAUGACUGCUACAAACGUCCAAAUAAGAUGAAAGAAAUAAUCUAUUCAGGUUUAAUCGCACUUCAAUUAUUCAUUCAUCUAUUUUUUGAUUUCUAUUCACUGAGAGUCCUCACUUGGGAGACAUAAUUAUUUUUAUUUCAGUUCGUAAUGCUGGCUUGCCGACGAAUCGAGAAGAUUAUUUUAUAAACAUUUUGUUUAAUGCGCUGUCAGCAUUUACGAGUAUUGAUUUAAUUUACGAAGGGCGUUUGUCUCCUGCGUGAAAUGCUAGGAAUCCAUUAUGAUAAAUAUGUACAGUGAGCGUGUAUUGUAAGUAUAAAGAAUUAUAAUAACUAUUUAAUAAUUCUAAACGCUGAAGAUACUAUUGUGGAAAGGGUAGUUGCCCUAGUAUUUCCCCUCCAGAAUUAUUAUUGUUACGGUGACAGUAAGAAAUUGAGAAAAUUGAAAUCGAGGAAUAUUUUAUAGCACUGUAAAUUUCACGUAAUUAUUGAAGAUUAUUUUGCCAAUCUUAUCUGUCUUAUGUACGUUAUGCCACAACCGAUGGCCUAAUUUUAGUUUCACAUUGUUGGCGAGAGAGGGGGAAUGUCAAUGGAAAGAGAAGAUGUACAUAAUUAAGUGAUAAUACCCAUGUAACAGGUCAUUAUAAAUAUUAGCAAUAAAUUUAGUUUCAAGGAUGGUAGAUGUACGAUUUUGUGAUAGUUUUACUCAGAGAAUUUAGGAAUUUCAUUAUUUUAUAAAUUUUUAUUCAAUUUUUUUUUCUGCCGAGUUAAAUUGUCUUCUAAACUUUUAUUUUUUCAUCUUCGAGUAUGGCAUUCGAUUGCCGUUAUGAGAAUAAUGUUAUGUAGAACUUUCUAUUGCGGUUUUGCACCAGAUUUAUUAUCAAUUUGUUUUUUAUGUGUACCAAAGUCAGCCAGUAAUUCAAACUCAAUUCUCGAAGAGAUGUACAUAGAAUUUUUUUCAUCUUCACUUUCGGAUUAGUUUGCUUGAUUUUUUUUUAUAGUUUAUACGCCAAAAUUUGUUGAAUUUUUAUUCUACCUAUUGUCAUUUGUUUGUUGGAUAAACAUGUUGAAUUCUCUGGAGAAAAUGCGGAGAGAAUUUUUCCAGAAAAAUUCCAUUUUCACGCCUUUCACUCGCAAGUUCAGUGAGGAAGACGUAAUUUUUUCCGAAACAGAGAGAUUGUAAUCUUUCCAGUACUCGUACUGCAAAUUUUUCCGGAAAAUUUCUCUCCGUGAAAAGUGAGAAGUGAAUUGAGUGCGAGAAAUUUAUUUUAAGACUCUUGUUUCACAAUUGUGCGGGGGCAGAUCGAUAGAAAAUGAGUGACUAUUAGUCACUCAAGGAAUAAUAACAAUAAAAUGAAAAAUCCUUGAAAAUUAAUGAUUUUAUUCAUAAUUUUUCCAAUGUUAAUUCUGUUUCAAAAAAUCAUAAUUGAGUGCAACAAACAGGUAUAAACACCACAAUUGUGAUAUAAUACGGUGUAGUUGCCGGAUAAAGGUGCUUGACAGAUCCACUCAAUUACGUACAAUGUACAAAUUACGAUAAGAAUUUUUUGUAAAUUCCUUAUCCACAUUAACUUGCAUUAUCAUUUAAAUUAUACGUAUAUCAUUAUUUAAAUACUCCGAUCACAAUGGGAUUUUAUUCGUUCGUAUUUCGGGUACGGGGGGGUAGAGAGUACCACCAUCUCCCCCACAACUUCCAUUAUCUCUCAUUAACGAUGCCGGUACUCCCUGCCUCGCUGUUUUCUCCUAAUUAAUGAAAAAAAAUAAUUGAAAAAUAAAAUGAUGUGAGCAUUGAAAAACUUA